AUGAGGAGCGGCGCCGAGCGCAGGGGCAGCAGCGCCGCGGCGCCCCCCGGCUCGCCGCCCCCCGGCCGCGCGCGCCCCGCCGGCCCCGACGCGCCCCCCGCCCCGCCGCCGCCCGCCGCCGGCCAGCCCCGGGCCAGGGACACGGGCGAUGCCCGCGCGCAGCCGCGCCCCCUGUUUCCGUGGAGCAAGUGGAAGAAGAGGAUGGGCUCGUCCAUGUCGGCGGCCACCGCGCGGAGGCCGGUGUUUGACGACAAGGAGGACGUGAACCUGGACCACUUCCAGAUUCUCCGUGCCAUUGGGAAGGGAAGCUUCGGCAAGGUGUGCAUAGUGCAGAAGCGGGACACGGAGAAGAUGUACGCGAUGAAGUACAUGAACAAGCAGCAGUGCGUUGAGCGGGGCGAGGUCCGCAAUGUGUUCCGGGAGCUGGAGAUCCUGCAGGAGAUCGAGCACGGCUUCCUGGUGAACCUCUGGUACUCCUUCCAGGACGAGGAGGACAUGUUCAUGGUGGUGGACCUGCUGCCGGGGGGAGACCUGCGCUACCACUUGCAGCAGAACGUCCAGUUCUCUGAGGACACCGUGAGGCUGUACAUCUGUGAAAUGGCACUGGCCCUUGACUACCUGCGCAGUCAGCACAUCAUCCACAGAGAUGUGAAGCCCGAUAACAUCCUCCUGGAUGAGCGAGGACAUGCACACCUGACUGACUUCAACAUCGCCACCAUCAUAAAGGAUGGCGAGAGGGCGACCGCGCUGGCCGGGACCAAGCCGUACAUGGCUCCGGAGAUCUUCCAGUCUUUCGUCAACGGUGGGACCGGCUACUCCUUCGAGGUGGACUGGUGGUCGGUGGGGGUGAUGGCCUACGAACUGCUGCGUGGAUGGAGGCCCUACGACAUCCACUCGGGCAACGCCGCGGAGUCCCUGGUGCAGCUGUUCAGCACCGUGAGUGUCCAGUACGUGCCCACCUGGUCCAGGGAGACGGUGGCCCUGCUGCGGAAGCUGCUCACUGUGGAUCCCAAGCACCGCGUGUCCAGCCUGCAGGAUAUGCAGGCGGCCCCCGCGCUGGCCAAUGUGCUGUGGACCGAGCUGAGUGAGAAGAAGGUGGAGCCCGGCUUCGUGCCCAACAAAGGCCGCCUGCACUGCGACCCCACCUUCGAGCUGGAGGAGAUGAUCCUGGAGUCGCGGCCGCUGCACAAGAAGAAGAAGCGUCUGGCCAAGAACAGGUCGCGGGACAGCAGCAGGGACAGCUCCCAGUCGGAGAAUGACUACCUUCAGGACUGCCUUGAUGCCAUCCAGCAAGACUUUGUGAUUUUUAACAGAGAGAAGCUGAAGAGGAGCCAGGACCCCACGAGCGAGUCCCUGCCUGCAUCUGAGCCCGGGGAGGGCGCGGAGGCCUUGGCGGACGGCGAGGGGGCGCGCUCGGCCCUGCACGUGUGCAGCACCAUCUGCCCCUCGGCCGGGAGCAGCUAG